AUGGCCCGUUUGAACAUCAACUUGGUCGAUACUAUCAUGGCUUCAGAAGCCACUGCCUUCCAACUGUACCCGCAAGCCCAGUCAAAGUUCGAAAUUCCCCUUCUGGCUGGCGACAAUGCCUACCUCGGCGAUGUCUUCAGCAGCGACAAGACCUCUCCAACCCCCAUAUCGUGUGGCUUCUUCCGCCUGACACCAGGCGAACCUCUGGUGUACACCUACAAGUACGACGAAAUGAAGAUCUUCCUUGAAGGCGACUACACAAUCACCGACGCGACUGGGCAGACUGCGGAGGCCAAGGGGGGAGAUGUCGUCUUUUUCCCCAAAGGAUCGACGAUUACGUUCACAACCAAAACGGGUGGGAUGGCGUUUUACGUUGGCCAGAGGAAGAUGAACGACUUUUGA